UCCCUGGAUGGAUUUGUAUUUGCACUAAACAAGGAGGGGAGGUUUUUGUACAUCUCAGAGACAGUGUCCAUAUACCUGGGGCUUUCACAGGUGGAACUGACGGGCAGCAGCGUGUUUGACUACGUUCACCCGGGCGAUCACGUGGAGAUGGCGGAGCAGUUGGGGAUGAAGCUUCCUCCGGGGAGAGGGCUCCUGUCUCAGGGCGGCGGGGCUGAGGAUGGGGCCAGCUCUGCCUCCUCUUCCUCUCACUCUGAGACACCUGAGCCAGUGGAGUCGAGCAGCCCUAGUCUUCUGUCGCCGGAUAACACUCUAGAACGUUCCUUCUUUAUCCGAAUGAAGUCCACACUCACCAAGAGAGGCGUCCACAUCAAGUCUUCUGGAUACAAGGUCAUCCACGUUACCGGCAGGCUGCGGAUAAGAAUGGCAUUAACACACAGUCGUUCGGUACCCAAUCAAAUCAUGGGCAUGGUCGUGGUGGCACACGCACUUCCUCCGCCAACCAUCAACGAGGUUCGGAUCGACUGCCAGAUGUUUGUCACACGGGUCAACAUGGAUCUCAACAUCGUCUACUGUGAAAACAGAAUCAGCGACUACAUGGACCUGACACCUGUGGACAUUGUAGGGAAAAGAUGUUAUCACUUCAUUCACGCAGAGGACGUGGAAGGCAUUCGGCAAAGCCAUUUAGACCUAAUGAAUAAAGGUCAAAGUGUGACAAAGUAUUACCGCUGGAUUCAGAAGAAUGGAGGUUAUAUCUGGAUCCAGUCCAGUGCCACUAUUGCAAUCAACGCCAAGAACGCCAAUGAAAAAAACAUCAUCUGGGUCAACUAUGUACUGAGUAAUCCCGAGUACAAAGAUACACCUAUGGACAUUGCACAGCUGCCUAACCUGCCAGAGAAAGCAUCAGAGUCCUCUGAAACAUCUGAUUCUGAAUCCGACUCCAAGGAGAAUUCAGAAGACAACGAAAACUCCAAGUCAGGUGGGAAGGGGAAUCAAUCUUCCGAGAACAGUGAAGAUCCAGAGACGGACAGUAAGAAACAGACGGGCCGGCCGCCAGAGCAAGAGAUGAGACGACAGGAGGAAGGGGACAGUUCCAGCAAUCCAGAAAGUCAGGACAGUGAUGAUAGCUUGGAACCUUCUGACUGUGAAACCGACCACAAGGAGGGCCGCUUGGGUGGUUUACACAUAAAGGUAGAGCGCUACGGUGACGGCGAGGUGGAGGAAUUGCAAGACUCGCCUUCCUCUUGCUCCUCCUCCUCGGAAGAAGAAGAGGAUGACGCAGAAGAUAUCGUGAAGGACUGCAGCAGCGGACGAGAGCUGAGCGGGCCGGCGAUGAGUAAACACCAGAAGAGAAAGAAGAGGAGGAAAAAGCAGAAGUGGGAUGAUAGUCGCCAACGUCUCCGUCUGUCUCCCUCGGCGGCUGCCACCCCCAGCCCUGGCGGCCUGGACCCCACCCUCGGAGACCAGCCUCCCCUUCUGCUUCCACCCUCCCCGACCAGUUCCUCUGUGCUGAAGAUCAAGACUGAGAUGUCGGAACCGAUAAACUUUGACAACGACAGCAGCAUCUGGAACUACCCACCCAAUCGAGAGAUCUCCCGUAACGAGUCCCCCUACAGCAUGACGAAACCCCACGACACCUUCCCGUCCCCCCCGCCCGCCGGCCUGCAGGUGUCCAUUCCCGACUCCGUCCUCACUCCGCCUGGUGCUGAGGGUGGAGGAGGCAGCAGAAAGCCCAAUUUCAAUGGCAACAGUAGCGGCGGCAACAAUAACAGCGCCCCCACCUCCGUGUCCAGCGCAACUCCAGGCAGCUUGGUUCUUCCUUCCAGUUCAACCUCCGCUGACCCGCUCUCCCCACCUCUCUCUGCCUCGCCACGGGACAAGCAGCAGGGUACGCCCACCUCCUCUGGUUCCCUGCUCUACACCAGUGAUCUGGAAGCCCUGCAGAGGUUGCAAGCGGGAAAUGUGGUGCUUCCAUUGGUGCACAGAGUCACAGGAACGCUCGCCGCCACGAGCACGGCAUCCCCACGAGUCUACACCACUGGAACGAUCCGGUACGCCCCGGCAGAUGUCAGCCUGGCCAUGCAGGGCAACCUCCUGCCUAACGCCCACACCGCUGUGAACUUUGUCGAUGGGCCCGGUUUCGGCAUAGACCCCAAGACACCCAUGGAGAUGCUUUACCAUCACGUGCACCGGCUCAACAUGUCCACCCCCUUCGGGGCCGCAGUCAGCGGAGCCGGGCUCACGCAGAUGCCUGCUGCUAACGUCUUCACCACAGCGGAGGGACUCUUCUCCACGCUUCCGUUUCCCGUCUACAGCAACGGCAUCCACAACACACAGACUCUGGAGCGCAAGGAGGAUUGAAGCAAAACAUUGAGACCAUAUUACUGUGUUCAACUGUGUUAAAAAGACUCUUCUGAGGUAAAAAGACUGUGUAUCAAAGUUGGGGAAAAGUGAGAUGUUCUAGCACUUUGAAUUUUGAGCAAUUGAGCUUGUGUAACUGAAAUGAAUGGUUUCUCUUGCUGUGUCUUUCUAUCUCUUCGACUUUCUCUUUCUUCUUUCUCGCCUCCUCACACAAGUUCUUGAUGACGGUUUCUCUAAACGGACUAAACAGACUCAUCUCUAUUGUAAAGAGUUCCCUUCUGAGCCACAGGGAAUUCAUAGCACUGUGGCGUAUGUCUUCUCUGGGGUGAAAUAUUUGUCCAGAGUUUCUAACAUCCUCAUUAGGAUGUUUUAAAGGUAUUAGCAAAAGAAAAUUGACAAGAAAAGAAACGGUUCACGUUUCUAACGGUAUCUUGAUGUAAUCGAGAUUGAUGCUGAUAAAAGGAUGUUACCCUAUUUGAUGUAGUUCAAAGGGUUUUAAGGUUCUUUCUAAAGGGGGAAUAGUAUUUUAGAAAUAAUGCUUUUUCUUCGUUUUUUUAUAGCUCAACUUGCAAAUCAUGCAUUUAAAAAAAAGCAAUUUUAGCCGGGUAUUGACCUGUGAAUAGAAUGUUACUAUAAAAUCCCAGGACAUGGAACAGGUCAGCGUGAGAUUUCUCCAGUUCCAUCAUCUUUUUUGCAGAUCCAUGGUGCUAUCAUUGAGUUACCCUCACUCAGCUGGCUGAUGUAGGUACUGUUCUGGAACUCCAGACAAAUGGCGGCUUCAGAGCUUUUUCUACAGAAAAGUCAAACAUCUAACAGACUUCUUUUGUUAUGAUUGAUUUUUAUUAUUAUUAUUAUUAUGUUCAUCACUUACCUGUGAGCAUGUGGUACAUUGAGUAUUUUAACUCAAUCUGAAUGAAUCUGGAGAGAGGGAUUCGCUAGAGUUUUUUUUUUUUUCUCAGUGCAACUGAGGCUAAUUUUGCAUCACAAACUUGAAGAUGAAUGUUAAACUCCAACAGGCUUAGGUCAGAGCUAAUCUUAAUUGUUUUGAGGAUUUUUUUUUUUUUUUAAUUAUAAAUGUUUGGCUUAAUUGUUUACACUCCCUCUUUAGCUUACAAGCCUGGUUUCCUUUCGGAAAUCAGUAUCCCUUCAUCCCUUACCCCUUAAACUCUCUCUAAAAAUCACAUAUCAAGCAGAGAUUGUAAUAAGGACGUGCAUUUUCAAUCAAAAAAUGAUUUUUAUCCACUGUUGCCAAAAAAACUACUCACAGUUUGGUGUUAAAACACUGUGAUUUGAUGUUUAAAAAAACAAAAGUAAUAAAACGGAAGAAAACUGUCACUUCAUCCUUUGACAGCCGUCCAUCAAGUCAUCUAUUAUGCAGCGUGAUAACCGUAAACUUGUACAAUGUGUAAGUGUCAUUGGCUGUCAGUCUCCAUAGCAACUUAAGUGUGUGUUACUAUAUGCAGUAUAUACUGAGCUAAUGUAGCUGUUUUGUCCUUUGUCCUCUCUGUGCUAGUCCGGGCUUGGACGGGGAAACAUUUGUUCUCCUUCCUGCCCCCUUGCAGUCUUAGUGAACCAGUGGAGGUUAGUGGAUUUUGUGUGGUGGCCUUCCAAUGUAGUGUCACCUUUUUUGCUGCUUCCUUUUUGUAUGUAUUACUUUUUUCUGUUUCUGCUAUUGCUUUGCUGUUGUGUAGUCUACAGACCUCUCUUUCUCUUCUCAGAGAUAAAAGACUCUAAACUAGCUCAAAGGUUUAAGGAGCCAUUUUUUUUGCCACUGAGGUAUUCUGGGAUUGCAGUUUCCAGCCCAAACGUGAUGAGGAAUAAAAAAAAAAUAAAAACCGAAGUAGCAUUUAGCAGACUGGAACCUUAAAAGCCUCAGAUGUGAAACAUUCCCAGAGUCCCUUGGGCUUCUCUUGUGCAUUGGGUGUAUUUCAUUGGUUUCCACCAAACCUGUUCAAUGACCCUGCAACUCACAGGAAAUAAAAAAAGGAAAAAAAAAAAGAUGACAGUAGUAUUUCAGGACAAUAAACAAUUUUAAAGAUUUCUAAAGAGAUGAAAAAAGUAUUUCGCACUAUAAAAUCUAUUUUUAUAGGUGUUUUGGAAAUGCAUGUUUACUAAGUUGAUUGUUUGGUUUACUUGAUUUUGUUGGGUCCAGCGGCUUUGUCGAUGUUUAGUGUUUUUUAGUCUGUCCGGCAAAGGGAAGGGGGGCCUUCGUCUUUUUACCUGAAUCAGGCUUCCCCCCGACAUCAGGAAACUUGUGUCUGUGGUUUCUGUGAAGACGUGUUGUUACUCAAACCCAGGUCAUGAUAUUAAUGUUUUUAAAAAUGGCUGUCUGAGCGGUUGCAGUGGACCUUGGCGUCGCUGCUGCAGGUUAACAGGAUCCUAGAUUUUAGCAUUUUGUACGUAGAGCAGAAGCGGUCAGGACGGGGGUUUGGGGACGGCUCCAAAAACAGACACUGUGGACCAGGAAAUACACCCAUAUGUUACUAACAGAACAGCCGGGCGAGCUGUCUCAAUGUAUCUGUGUUGUGUCAAAAUGAUUGCUGGUGAUUUACUCUUAAACUAAUCUCAGCUGCUGUCAGAUAAAUAGUGUUUAAAAUUACAAUAUGAGGAAAUCACUUCAUUUACCUGUGAAGACUGUGUCUGUGUUUUUAACUAUUUCUUGUACAAUUAUACAGAUUCUUUUAUGAGGAACUUGGUGCCAAGUAGAAGAAUAUGGGAGAAAGGGGAUUCUCUUAGUAUCAGUGUUAACAGUGUUAUAAAUUCUAAGUACAAACAAAUUAAAAUAUUAAAAAGAGAAAACUAUGGUACAUUUUGAUUUUGUUUUGUUGUUUUCAGAGGAAAAAAAAGACAAAAAACAACUAACUGAAGCUAACUUUGAGUGCCUGGCUUAUUUUUUUGGAAACACAUUUUUUGUUCAUUUACCAUGAAUAAUGCUGCAAUUCAAAAAUGUACAUACUUCAUUUUACAACAGGGUUAUUUUAUACUUUUGUAGGUUUUCAUCAGUUAAAGCGACAUGUCAUACAUGGUUGUCUUUCUGUAACACAGUUUUUUUACCAUCUUACAGGUGCCAUAUUCAUAAUAAACUUUUCUUGGAUUUGUUACUAUCUGGCAUCAUUUCUUUUACAUUCUGUUCAUCAUAAGUGAAUGCCGAACAUCAAUGAUUAUUCUUUGCGUUCCUACUUUCCUGCCUCUUUAUGUUUGUUUGUUUUUUUCCUCCUAUGUUUUUCUCCCGGUCUUCUUUAGUUUUGGCUAAUGUAGUCAAAGCCUUUUUAGUUACCUACAGGUUUCAGGUAAGGGAAUAUCAAAAUAUUCCCAUGUAGCCCUGCUGACUUUUGCUUCUACACACAAUAAAUCCAGUGAACUUGUACAAGG